AUGAAGUCCUUCAAUACGUAUGCACUGAAGCCUAGUUCCGUUCUCAGUGAAGACUACUUCACCGCAUAUGCACAGCGCGCUAGGAUCACCCGCCCACAAGACUUCACGAGCAUCGAACUAGCGUCCCGAGAAACGACGCCCUCACCACCGCCCGAGUACGCUAUGCCGUCUCUAGUGGUACGAACGAUCGCCGACGGCAUAGAUAUCGAGCUCGGAGCCCAGGAGCUCAUGUCAGGGUCAGUCCGCGUCUCUAGCUUGGCUAAGCGGGCUGCAGAUAUGGCCCUUCUUGAUUUCGAGAGCCCGGCGAUGAUGCGCAUGGUUGAUUGGUGGCUCCGCGGAUGCGCAGGCGUCAUUGUGGUUGCGGGGAUGUUGGCUCUUGCCGUGGGGAUGCUUGAAGGCUUCCGGGGGUAG